CAGAGUCCGGCGCGUACACGACACAGUAGCCGGGGUCGCGCACCGCUACUUCUCUUAAUACUACGACCCAGCCAACCUACGGUCACGUUUCUACUACAUCUCUCUCUCCAGCGCGACGCCUGAGCUCUGCUGCCCCGUUCUACAGUUAAUUUGGUUCCCGUGUAACAGACAGACAUGUUGGUGAUUUUAACCUUCAUCCUCCUCUUCCACGUCAUCUCAGUCAUCCUCCUCUUCAUCAGCACCAUCAACAAUGCAUGGUGGGUGGCGUCUGCUCCAGGAGGCAACGUGAUUUACACUGACCUGUGGUACUCCUGUAACGUAACAUGUCUCCCUGUCAAGAACGGCGCUUCCACAGACGCAGUCUAUCUACAGGCUGUCCAGGCCACUAUGAUCCUGUCCACAAUUCUCUGCUGCGUGGGGUUCUUUGUGUUCAUCCUUCAGCUCUUCAAACUGAAACAAGGAGAGAGAUUUGUCUUUACAGCCAUCAUCCAGCUAAUGGCUGGCCUGUGUGUGAUGAUCGGAGCAUCCAUCUACACGGCGCAGAGGGAGAGUUUUACGGAGGAGUCUCUAAGGAAGGGAGGAUACGGUUCAUCCUACGUCCUGGCCUGGAUUAGUUUCCCCAUGACUGUCUUCAGUGGACUCAUGUAUCUGGUGUUGAGGAAACGCAAAUAAAACACUCGUAUCUCUACAAGACACAAAACACGUUAUAAUUGAACAGAGGAAGUGUGUAAACUAAGUCUAUUAGCUAAAAAGGUAACUCUAAACAUGUUGUUGUUAAGAGUGGCUGUUUUAAAAGACGUUUUCUCCACACUGUGUGGUUGGAAUGAGACUGUGACAUAUCAGCCUGUUUUUUGGGUGUGGGGGUGGGAUGGAGUUUGGGCAUGGAGUUUCCAUGGUGACGUCAAUGCUGUAAAUUUGAAUAAACAAUGGACCAAUAAAUGGUGUAUAGUUGAAUUACAUGAUGAACGAUGGUUAAGACUGAGCAGGACAACACUGUGUAUAGUUCUACUAGAGUAAACCUAGUGUAGAAAGUGGAAUAUGUAGGAUUGUCUGUCU